AUGGAAAAACUCUGCAAUGAAAAUGAAGGAAUGCCUGAGAACCAAGGAAAAAUAGAAAACCAAGAACAGCCUUAGGAUGUGGGAAGGCCAGAAACAGCUCUUACUCUGGAAGAAAAGGAGUUAGAAAAUGCGGAAAAGAUAGAAAACAAGAGAAAGGCAGAAGAUGAGGAAAUACUAGAGGAUAAAGAAAAACCAGAGAGUGUGGUAAAGACAAAAAAACGAAAGCCAGAGAGCCAGAGUAAGCCAAAAGAAGAAUGGAAGCCAGCCAGCAAACCAAGGGCUGCAGGAAAGCACCCAGCUGGGGAUGAUAUAACCAGGAAAGCCAAAAGAAAAAACAACAAGGGGCUGGUUCAGUGUCUCAAGGAAUACAAGGAGGCCAUACAUAAUAUGCAUUUGAGCAAUGAGGAGAUGAUAAGAGAAUUUGGCAAGACAGCUAGGAUAGAGGACAAAGUAAAGAAAAUGAGGGAGCGCGGCAUGUAGAUGCAAAAAUAUUUAUAGGAUCCCUUACACCAGAGAGGCCCAAGAGAACUCAGGGUUGGCUGCAGGGCUCAAAAAAGAUGCACCAUCUUUCCACCAGAUCGAGAUAUGAGAGGCUGA